AUGACCCUAGGCCAUUAUAAUGAUCAGCCAACAUGAAAACAAGGGCUGUCAUUCUAUUUUACUAUCUAAGAGCAAAUUAUUUUGUUUUGUAUUUCCUUCAAGAAAAGAGUACGCUCUCAAAAAAAAACUGACUUUAGUAACAUCACAGCGCUUAGUAGUGAGCAAGCGUUCCGAGUUGGAAGAGUUUUCUGACGAGAUCAGAUUUAUAUUCAAUUUAUGGACGUAUUUUAACACACUUCUUCAGAAACGUUAUUUAAAAAAUAUAAACUAGUACUGACAGCCCUACAAUACAUGACUCCUCGAGCAAAUAAUGUCGCACAGUUCACGGCACUUCUAACCCACGAGACUACAAGUUAACAUGUUCAUAGUAGCAUUAUUGAUUGCUGGAGUUAGCGCGGAAUGGGUUGAGAUUUCGCAGAACAAUUACAGACAGGAACCACCGAGAUUAAAAGAAAACGUUGAUCUUGACUCCAAAGACUUAACCUAUGUAAAUCAAUCUCUUAACCAGUGGAAAAGAGGAUCCAUCAAUAAAAUAUCACAUAUCGGUAAUGUAAGAAGAGUACCGUACGCCAGCGUCAAGACACCAUCUGUGAAGCCUAAUUUCGAGAGUUUGGAGAGUCGGCCUGUUGUGUGGAAAGGUUCUCGAACCAAAAUCACGCCACAUUCUCUUGAAGACAGUGAACGUAAAGAACAUCGAGUUCAUUUAAAGGGUGAUAAUCAAAAUAGUAUAAAAAUUAAAAUUAACUCUUAUAUCAACCGUCCUGUCGAAUCUCAAGUUAAGAACAGUGCACACAAAGUAAACGAUCUGAGAUCGCCAGAUAGAGUUGACAUAAAUGCUGAAACUGGAGGCUUUCAAAGGGUUUCUAUUGAGGAAGUAUUCCAAAGUUCAUCAAAUAGAAAUGACAUUUUGUCUUCUGAAGAUCCCAGUGUUAAGAUGACUAAAGACGAUAAAAAACAGAAACCCUUAACAGAUAAACCUGUUACAGAAGAUUGGAUGAAUACAUCUGUGAGUGCAGAUAAUAAAAUGGAGAGAGUAUGGGAAGCUGUUAAGCUUGUUGCUGAUACAAUAUCGAAAAAGACCCAUCGAGGUUUCAAAAGCAAAGUUCGUUAUCUUGAAGAUUUAAAAGACACAAUAACUGCUAGCAUUGAAGGGCAUAUUGAUCGCCUGUGGCCAGACGAUGAAGACUCUGGGCGAUCUCGUCGUUCCACGGAAUCCCGGGGCCAUGUCGAGGUCCCGUCCUCUGAGGGGGCCCUCAUGACCAUCUCUUUCCUGACCUUUGCCGUGUUUCUCAUCAAAUUAGUUUUGCAAGUUAUCCACGCCUAUAAGCAGAAAGGAAUGAUGGUAACUCCAGCAGUUCUGGCCGCUGUCGGGCGCACUUCGGGAUCAUUGAUGAAAAAUCUAAGCUAAUCGAAGAGAACAGAACUCAUCUCUCCUUAUGUUUAAUAUUAAUUAUAAUGUGUUUUAUCAGUUUUAAAAUGAGUUUUAUUUUUGCUAGAAUAGGUAUGCAUAGUAUUAAUGUAGCUCAAUAGAAUAAGUUGUAGUCUUGCUGGAAGUGGGGCUUCACUACCUUCUCAAGAAUGGUAUCUUGAUACACUUGUGCCGAUAUUUUGAUACAAAUGAAUAAAUGAAUUUGAUUUGAAGGAGAUUUGUAGAAGAGUGACAAAACAUCUACGACUGGGUAUAAGAGGUAAGUCACGAAGCAAAG